GGUGCAUUGCAUUGGAUCCUUCACCGAAGUGGGUCUCAAAAGCCUCUUCCUUUCUCCAACCUUCUUUCACUCUCAAUUCUCACCAGGAGUAGUGGCUUGAGAGCUACAGUCCAAAGAAUUGUUGAGAGAGGAAUGAAAUGAUAUAGACCACUGCUACACUAAACAAACCAAAAAGAAGGUGAUGUGAUGAUUCUAUACAUCUUAGGAAACCAUUUUCUUUUCUCUUCUUUUUUCUCCUAGACUUUUCAGUCUAUAUAUUAUUCUUGUUGUCGUUUUGUUUUGGUGUCAUCUUUGGCCCAAUUCAUGUCUUUUUAAUCGUUUCUCUACAUGUACUCGAAAUUCAAGUCUUUUUUCAAUUAUGGGCGUUUCCAAUUCUGGAGGGCUUCAUCAAGAUCACGACUGUCACAACAAUAUGUCAACUUUGCAAGAUUCCGAGCUUUGUGAAGAGAAAAGAGUGGUUGAUUUACAUGGAAAAGAUGAAGCAAAAGAGGAGAAAGAUAAAGCAGGUAAAUUUAAGGGUUUUGCUUCUUCUUUGAAGAUACAACUGCCUUCUUUUGGAGAAUUCAAGGUUGAAGAAGAACAAGAAGAAGAAGGUUUCAAGACUCCAACUUCUUUGGACCACAAAAUCCCAGUGAUCCUCCAGUGUCCACCUGCACCAAGAAAACUGAAAUCACGUCCAUUGCCGAAGAGAAAAUUGACUCAUCCACGAAGAAUUUUUGAUGAUCUUUCAAAUGAGACUGAAGCUUUGUUUCCCCCAGCAAUUCGAGCAGAUCUUGGUAAAAAGAUUAAGAAACCUAAACAAGAAACUCACGCUAACUGAUGUUCAUCGCCGACCGAUCGUUCACCAAUGUUCAGCUGUGAAGAAAGUAAUUUUCUUUUCUGUAAUUACUCAUGAUCAAAUUAAAAUCUUGAUUGCGCA